AUGCAAAGAUCAUUUGACGACGCAUUUUCCUAUGGGAACGUUGGCAUAGGGUCGCAGGCUGAAUGUUGCUUUGGCGCGUUGUACGAUGGCGCUGCGCUUCCCAUUGUCGCCGGGAAAUCCUCCGAGCAAACUGGCCGCGAAGUCCCCACCAGUCACGGCGACUUUGUUAGUUUUGACAUACACAAAAAAGAUACCCAUCAUGUUCUUCGCUGGCCACACAGUACAGAUGACUUUGCCGUACUCGACCUGCAGUCCGGCAAUCGACUGGAAGUGAUCGAGCAUCUCGAAACUAUCAGGUUCGAAGCGAUAGUGGAGGCGACGGCAUUGCGCAAGCGUAAAAGGGGCACCAAGGCCAAAUCUGCGCCUGUCAGUCUUUCGAUCAAUGUUUAUGGAAUGGAGCACAUUGCAAACGAGCUUGGGCGCAAGCUGUCCACUGCAUCAACAUAUUUGCAGCACCCAAAAGCUCUGUCACAAGACAAGAAAUACGACAACCCGCAUUUCUUCAAAGUUUUGGAAGAGGAAGAUAUGAAAGCUCUAGUCGGUAUAACCAACGACUCACCCUCGGCACAACGUGCCAGAAUCUCAGAUGAAAUCUCCAAUAUCCUUGAGUGUCUCGCAGAAGGGCCGGAUGAUGGGAUUCUUGACUACAACAACCUGAAAGGACUCAUUGCAAAGCUUAAGCCUCAUGAGCACGAUGCGUGCUUUCCCGUGUGUUGCGGUGGCAUAGUUGCGGAUGUGAUGGGCCUGGGAAAGACUCUGACUGUGCUCACAUCCAUUUUACAGUCGAUCUCCCACGCUGAAAUAUUUGAGAGAUUUGACCCUACAAUUGGCAUCUACGAGGGAAGUACUGUUCGAACGAGGGCAACUUUGGUUGUCGUCUCCUCUGCCCAGCUACUAGAGAGCUGGCGGUCUGAGAUUGAAAGACAUUUCGAGCCGAAAGCGUUCGACACGAAAGUGUUUCAUGGUCCAACCCGUCUUCAAGACCUCAGCGCUUUGGCAUCAGCAAAUAUCGUCUUAACAACCUACGCUACGAUUGUCGCUGAAGAUAAGGGGAACAAGGUUUUGCAACGAUUGAGUUGGUUUCGUAUUGUUUUAGAUGAAGGUAGGUCACUGAUGCCGUGCUCGCCGAUUUACACUGACUGGUUGACAAAAGCUCAUUGGAUUCGAAAUGUGGCAUCAAAACAAUUCAAGUCGGUCGCUAAUUUGGUGGCUCGAAAUCGAUGGUGCCUCACCGGAACCCCAAUCCAGAACAAGCUCGACGACAUUGCUACUCUAGCGGCGUUCUUGCAAUUGCAACCGUUCCCGACCAAGACAGCGUUCCAAAAAGGGGUUUUGGACCCUCUAUCACAGGGAGGUAAAGACUCCUCCAAACCACUUCGGUCGUGGCUCCGAGCAAUCUGCAUCCGAAGGACAGAACAGUUUCUUGAGUUACCCGACUCAACGCAAGAAACAAUUCAAGUCACUAUGUCUCAAGAAGAAAAGCAACUCUAUGACCAGAUUCUCCGACAAAGCAAACGCGAGAUUGACGACGUAGUCAGUAAGGGCAAGAGCAUCAAGAAGUACAACAUCCUGUUCACUGCCAUACUGAGAAUGCGAAUGCUCUGCAACAGUGGAACGUUCCCUAAACGAGCCAAUUCACAGAAACUUCUGGGAAGUGACGAGGCAAGGGAGACAGGCUGCGAACAAUGCGCUGCAUUUAACGACGAAGACGCAGCGUUACUCUUGACAACAUUUCAAUUUUGCCCCCACUGUGGCCGAUCCCUCCAGAUUGGUAGCCCUGGCUCGCAUCUCGGGUCCAACCGAGGCAGCAAUUCACCGCUUCCCGGGUAUUCUCCAGCACCAAGUGAGAUGUUGUCAUUUUCCACUGGUCAUUCCUCAAAGCUGGCCGCAGUAAUAGAAAGAAUUCGCGCAAGUGGAUUUGCAUCUAAGCACAUUGUGUUCUCCUACUGGACAUCUACCCUGGAUCUCCUUUCGAGCCUGCUUGACAAUGCGGCGAUGAGCCAUGUGCAAGUGGACGGGCGAACUAGUUACACCGAAAGAUCGCGACGGCUUGAAGUAUUCCGAAAACAUGAUGACACGCCCGUGUUAUUGAUGUCCAUUGAAUCAGGAUCAUUGGGGUGGGUAUUGAACGAUCCCCACUCAAGUCUCAAUCUCACGGCCGCAAACUUCGUUCACAUAGUGGAGCCUCAGUGGAAUCCUUCUGUAGAGGAGCAAGCUGUUGCACGAGCCUUGCGAAUGGGCCAGACGCGGCAAGUCACUGUGAUUCGGUACGUCGUGCAAAGUUCAGUUGAGCAGAAUAUCCUGCACCUUCAGAAGAAGAAGAGCAGCGCUGCCAAAUUCGUGUUUAAUCUUGAUGCGGCAGACGAGCUGGACGGAAAGCUUGAGGAUUUAAAGUUCGUGCUGGAUUUGAAAGCUGCUUCAAUUCAGUAA